GAUAGAGGGUUAAUGGAUAGAGGUAGGAAACAAAGAAAAAUGGUUUUGAAUUGAAUCAAAUCUAUAAGAUGUUCUUCUUGGCAGGCUUCAAACUCAGGCCUCUGGAACAUGACGUUUACUUGUUAUACUAGAGGUGGCGUUGGUGUUAGCGAAUCAUUCAAGGGACCACUCAGGACCAUAUCCCCCGUCAGGAUGGAAACCAAAUGGGCCUAAGUUCGAAACGCCCGGAACUCCUCAAACACCUGGAAGAC